ACAGAAUGUGCUUGGUUUUGACACUCCCCUUAAAUAUGUAUAGUGGUUAGAGAAGCGGUAUGAGUGCACUCGUAAUAUGAUAGGAUAUGUCAAGACAAUAUUGGGGCAUUCUUUCAGCCAAUAAAUGCCGAAACCUUGAUUUUGGUGUGAAACCCAAGCCUCAAACUCAAAUACAGUGUGGCGAGGAUCGAGUCGUGGGGUGGCAUCCUCUCUCUCCGUCCUCGCUUUCCUGAAAAACCAGCUCCUUCCUUGUAGUCAGUGGAGAUGAGAAGAAUAACGGGAAUGGCAAAGGAAGUAACUUUGAUCGAAAUGAAGAGCGCAAUGGAUUCACAGAUUGGAGAGGAAUGUAAUGGCCACAGUCAUAAUAACUCUAUAGAGGACGGAGGAACACAGCUACCUGGACACACAGAGACUGACAGACUACAGCAGAACAAAGACACCGUGUUCUUCAGGGACGGGGUUCGCAGGAUUGACUUCAUACUGUCCUACCUAGAUGACAAGGAUGGAGAGAAGAAGCAGGAGAGGAGGAGGGAGUUUGAGGCCAACCUUAAGAAGGCUGGACUGGAGCUUGAGGCUGAGGACAAAUCGGACUCAGAUGAUCUGAAAACGUACUUCCUGAAGAUCCACGCCCCGUGGGAGGUGUUGGCCACCUACGCUGACGUGCUGAAGAUCAAGGUUCCCUUUAAGGAAAGCGACAUCCCCCACGGACAGGACGUUCCACUGGAGUGGCUCUCCCGACCGUUCCGCCUGCCAGAGAAGGUGAUGCGCCCACAGCCUGACUACUUCACCUCUCCAUUUGAUAAGGACAAGAUAGACUUCUUCCUCAUCAAAAACCAAGACACCUUCUUCCCCCCCUCUACACGCAACAGAAUAGUGUACUACAUCCUGUCUCGCUGUCCGUACUAUAAAGAGGACCGCAAGGAGACAGACAAGAAAGGUAUCAAGCGGUUGCUGAACAAUGGGACCUACACCUCAGCCUUCCCACUUCAUGAUUGUCGAUACUGGGAGAGGAACACAAAUGAGCAGUGUGAGAGCGAACGCUACCACCUCUAUAAGAAUUGGGCUAGGUUCCUCUGUUUCUACAAGGAGCAGCCCCUCAACCUCAUCAGGAAGUAUUAUGGGGAGAAGAUUGGGAUCUACUUUGCCUGGCUGGGCUUCUACACAGAGAUGUUGUUCUUUGCUGCGGUCAUGGGGGUCAUAUGUUUUACCUAUGGUGUGCUAAGCUACGAUGAUAAUUUAACAAGUAAGGAGAUCUGUGACCCCAGCAUUGGAGGGAGUGUUGUGAUGUGUCCACUGUGUGAUAAGAAGUGUAGUUACUGGAAGCUCAACUCCACGUGUCUCUCAUCCUGGCAAUCCCAUCUGUUUGAUAACGAGGGGACAGUGUUCUUUGCCAUGUUUAUGGGGAUCUGGGUGACUCUGUUCCUGGAGUUCUGGAAGCGGCGCCAGGCCCAGUUGGAGUAUGAAUGGGACCUGGUAGAUUUCGAGGAGGAGCAGCAGCAGCUCCAGAUCCGCCCGGAGUUUGAGACCAAGUGCACUGACCAGAAACUCAACCGGAUCACCCAGGAAAUGGAGCCAUACCUACCCCUCCCCAAAAAGUGUGGUCGCUUUUGCCUCUCCGGUGUUACUGUUCUGUUCUGGAUGCUUCUGAUUGUGGCCUGUAUCACUGGGGUGAUAGUCUACAGGCUGGCUGUGUAUGCAGCCUUCGCCAGCAUCAUGAAGGACAGCCCCACUAAGAAGAUCCAUCUGGUGGGCUCUCUCAUCACCCCGCAGCUCGCUACCUCUGUCACCGCCUCCUUUAUCAACUUUGUCAUCAUUAUGAUCCUUAACUUCUUCUAUGAGCGAGUGGCCAUCUGGAUCACUGAUAUGGAAAUUCCCAAGACACAUCUGGAGUAUGAAAACAAGUUGACAAUGAAGAUGUUCCUCUUCCAGUUUGUCAAUUACUAUUCUUCAUGUUUCUACGUGGCCUUCUUCAAGGGCAAGUUUGUGGGUUACCCAGGCAACUACACGUACAUGUUUGGCAAAUACAGCAGGCUGAGGAACGAGGAGUGUGACCCAGGAGGCUGUCUGAUUGAGCUGACCACCCAGCUGGUGAUCGUCAUGACAGGGAAGCAGGUGUGUGGGAACAUCCAGGAGGCCCUACUGCCGCUGCUGAGGAACUGGUGGUGCAGCAGGAAGGCCCGGAAAGACCAGUACAGCCGCUGGGAGCAGGACCACGACCUGCAGAACUUCAGCCAGCUGGGCCUGUUCUAUGAGUACCUGGAGAUGGUAAUCCAGUUUGGCUUCAUCACUCUGUUUGUGGCCUCUUUCCCCCUGGCCCCCCUGCUGGCCCUCUGUAACAACAUCCUGGAGGUCAGAGUGGACGCCUGGAAGUUCACCACCCAGUUCCGCCGGCCUGUGGCGGCCAAGGCCCACAACAUCGGAGCAUGGCAGGAGAUCCUCAAUGUGGUAGCCAUCUUGUCCGUUGUCACCAAUGCAUUCAUCAUGGCCUUUACUUCAGACAUGAUCCCCCGCCUGGUCUAUCUGUAUGCCUACCACCCUGGCUCUGAAGCCACCAUGAGUGGCUAUAUCAACAACAGCCUGUCAGUGUAUGACAUCUCCCAGAUCCCUCUCCUCAGUACGCCCGAGGAGGGGGCGAUUCCUGCCUGGUUCAACAGCUCCUUCAUCACCACCUGCAGGUACCGUGACUACCGCUACCCUCCAGGCCACCAGAGGCAGUACUCCCACACUAUGCAAUUCUGGCACAUCCUGGCAGCCAAACUGGCCUUCAUCAUUAUCAUGGAGCACGUGGUGUUUGUGGUGAAGUUCUUUGUGGCCUGGCUGAUCCCGGAUGUGCCAUCCGAGGUGAAGGCUCGGAUCAAACGGGAACGUUACCUCAUCCAGGAAUACCUGCACAACUACGAGGUUGAGAAGCUCAAGAUCCAGCUGAGUCAGAGUUUUAUCAUUGAACCCAAACCUGAGGUCUGCACUGCCACCGACAAGCAUGACGUGUUAUCUUAGUGCCUGUAGGCCCCCAAUCAGUAACUCACACCCACCUGGCUAACCUAACUGGGAGGGUGGUGCUGUGAAGGCUCCUCCACUGAUGGCAAACAGAGGUACAGUAAAGGGCUUUUGUCAGUGGGGCAAUCCUAUCAAUUGUUUCUCUUUGUUUUGUUGUUUGUUAAUUUUCUAAUGAGCAGCUAGCAGAUUUCAACCUUUUCGCCUAUAUUAGGACUUUCAUUGGAGGCAGAGACGGAAUAAUUUGAUCGAUGACCACAUCUCGUCACCUUUUCUCAGCCUCCAAUGCUGUUGCAAUGCAAGCUCCUGUUGUUCAGCUUGCUUCAUAUCUUCUGUGCAAUGAUGUUUCUUGCAAGUGAUUCAGUCAUUCAGUGCCAGUGUUGAUCGUGAUAGGAUAUUAUGGAAUCCUACAAAAGUAUGUGCCAACUUGUUAAAUGCCAUUGGGAUUCAUGGCUUCUUGAAAAAAAUGUCAUAUAAUGCUCACCUUAUCCACAAUGUCAUAAUAUGUUACUAACAUAUCCAGCAAAGACUGCCAAAGAUAUCCCAUGGCUUUUAUCGGCAGCUAUCUAAUGAAUUACCUUUAAAGUAAUAUGCAUGUUUGAUAGAAUGUAACAUAUAAAAUCUAAUUUAUUUGCCUUCAAAUGUUGGCAUGUUAUCUGCUUCAAUUUGGCUGUAUGUGUUUUCCUUUCAUUACUGUCAUGUAUUUGAGAUAAUUUCAUGGGAGUCAAUGUAAAAACUGUAAAUUAAAAGCCCAAUGCAACUGUCUGUAUAUCAAUAUAAAAUAAUUUCUAGGUAACAAUAAUUGCUAGGAUUGUCUGGGAGUAGUCUGAGUGGCAAGGGGAAAACUCUAAACUAGAUGUUAUUGGCAGAGAGGUUUGGAACUCUCUUUGUAUUUGGUCUAUCAACCAAUUUACCACAUGUUGAUGUCACUAUGGAAAGCUGAAACUCCCAUCCAUGCAAACCUGAUGAUUAGGAAGUCCUGUGUAGAUUGUAUGUUCAACCAGCGAUUAUCAGGAAUUAACACUGAUCACAUUUUUUCACACUUUUAGAGUGUUAGUUUCAUCAGCUGUUGUACAAUUGCAAUAUAAAACACAGGAAAAAAGCAUUUUGACUGCAGUGGCCCUUUAAAAACUGUUUCUCUCAGCUGGGUAAUGAUAGAUAGAGAUACUGUAAUGGUCCAAGGCGGUAAUACACCCAUAUGUCUACUGUAUGUAUGUUUGGUCUGAUAGAGCCCUUUCCAGUGGAUAUAAUCUACACUCAGUUUGAAAUGUUUUGAGUGGCAUAUUAAGUCAUACCAGACAAAAUAUUAGCCCUGUUUUUGGGGUUGCAUUCCUCUUCCUUGUUUAGAUUUAUGGCGAGAUAUGCAACUUGUAUGUGUGAUUUCUUCUGGUGUGGGACCCAAAUGUGUUUUUGCCUGUGUUACUUGCACAUGUAUCUAUCUGCUCUUUAUUUUUACACUUAUCAAACUCAUUGUAAGCAGGAAAAUCAGAUUCCUCAGCCCUGUUAGGAAUGAUCAACUUAAGUUGAUCAUUCCUAUCUGCUUUUUCAGUCAUACUCUAUAUCUGUACUCAGUAGCACAAUGGGAGGCCUUCUCUUUUUAAUAUUGUUUUAGCACAGAGCACUUAUAUGGGACUCAUUUUAUUUAGCCAAUGAGUCUUUCAGACAGAAAACUCCACUACAUUAUUACUGUUUAAUGUCAAUCAUUCCAACAUGUCUGGAUGGUCUCAUAUUAAAAGGAAAGUUGACUUUA